AGUGAGGUCAACACGGUGCCAAUGUCGACCUGUAGCUAAUUAAUCAGCCCCAGGGAAAGUUGAGUUAGGGUCGUCGUUUUGCAUGUAGUUUGCGCUUUACCUGGACUUCCUACAGCAGAAAGUUUAAGAGUGUAUUGUUCUGUAACUGUCGGUAGUCAUUUUAAAAAAUGUCAGCAUGUUUCCAUCUUCUCACAGAGUGAAACUCAACAGAGUCGCAUUAAAAGACGUCGUUGGGCUAAAACUGGCGCCGCGACGGAGACGAGUCUCAAAGCCGUUGAAUAACGUUACAGCUGACUCCAACAAACAAGAAGAAAAACAUGUCGUUUCUGAAAUAGUGUCAGUGAAGGACAAUAGCAGCAAUGAACCCGUCCAAACUUUUUUAACAGAACAAAUGGCCACAGAAAAUGACCCAGACACGGCCAGUAGAGAUGCUGGAGAGAAGAAGUGUGAGCCAAAGAGGAGAAAUGAUUUCCAGUCAUGCAAAAGGAAAGAUACGGAGUUAAAACAAGAGGGGCCGAUCACUAGAGACAUUGAUCGAAAGGUGCAUCCACGCCUCACUGGACUGGCUGGUUCAGAUGAGGCUUUGAGAAGAGCUGUCAGAGCCUCUGGCUGUAGUCUCUGUGGUGACUGUAAAUACAUUUCCCCCCAGCAGAAGACAUUGGGUAAGCAAGGGCAGAAAAGCAGUAGCCCAGGGGCAGAGCGGCCUAUGUUCACUGUGACCCCUAAGAAGAUUAUUGUAUGGAUAGACCGGUACCCCAAGGUGACGCUUUGUGAUGUAGCCCAAAACUAUGAUGCAUCCAAUCACGAUUCAGGCAUUGUGUUACCAGACGUACUGAAGAACAAGGUUGUGCGUUGCUUCAAACGGGACAUGAGAGCUGGAUUUCAGUUUAGGCCCAGUUGUUUAGGGCACAGCAAACAUGGAAAUGAUGAAAGUGCUCUGGCUAAAAAUAGUGGGUUGUGUCCCAGGGUUAAGUCUGAGACGAGCAUCUGUCAGCCUCAGAGUCUGACUGAAAACCAGUAUCACCUGAAGGAACACACAUAUGCAGAGACAUUAUCCACUCAUACCUCAUGUCAUUUCCUGAAGGGUUGGGCGAGUGAAGCCUCUGCAACUUGUUCUGCUUCUUCCUCGCUAGGUAAGCAUACAAACAAGGGGGAGUGCAGGACUGGCAUGUGGGACAGAGAUGUUGAGGAGGACCCUGGGCCAGGAUGUGACCUCAUGAGAGAAGAGAUGCAUAGAGACAAAAGAGUAAAACUUGGGAACAGCAUUGAAGAUGGCAGUUUACCCUUCACUUCAGACUUAGAAAGCAUUAGUUGUAAUGACCCAGCAAAAACUAGAGACAAAGAGAAAACAUGCUCUGGGAUGUCUGCUGACAGCCAGUCAUGUUUAGAACUUGCCAUCAGGAGCUGCAGAGCUUUUGACUCAGCUGUGAAAGAUUACUGUGUCCUCAAGAAACCUUGUGGUGAGAUAGGCGACCUCAGAAAAACUGACGCAGCACAUAUGUCAUCAGAGCGGUUCUGUCAAAGGACUGAAUUGGACACAGAUGAACUUGAGUCAUUAACCUGCCAGAGAGUGAGGGUCUAUUUCAGAAAACCAAAUUUUUCUUGUGCACGCACAUACAUGUCCUGGCCCUUCUCUAACAGUGGUCAGACCCUUGCAGCACAUGCUGGUACCACAGCCUGUCCAGCAGAGCCUAUUGAUCCAUCCACUAGAGAUCACACCCACUUUCCAAUAAGUCAAAAUCAGCCAGUUUCAACCAGCAACCGAACCAAUGUCAUGCUCCCAAAUGCAGCUACAGUAAGCUCAACCAACCAGGUCUCUCAUCAAAAUGAAGAGAAAGGAGAAGGUGGUGCAAGACAUGGAAGAGAAGAAGAUGGAGAAAGGGGGGAAGGACAUGGUAAUAUGUCUUCACAGUCUUUGGCCGGCAAAAACAUGGAGUUUGUACCUCUCUUUAGGAAAGAAUCACUGGCCAGUCCUCUGACAGACAUUGCUACACUUUCCACCCCUAGUCACCAAUGGGAGCUUGGUACUGAAACAGUGUCAGCCCCAUCUUUGCCUGCUAAUGGACCUGAAACUGACAGCUCCAUGUCUACCCCUUCCCCCUCAGAGCUUGGCCUGAGUGACUGGGAAACUGCCACUUUGUCCCCUAUGUCAUCUCGAUUCCCACAUGGUGGUUUGAGCAGCCUCUCGGUCACGCCAUCCUCCCUCCCACCUUCAUCUUUUCUGCUGAACAAAGUCAAAGGUGUUGAGUUGCCUGAUGCACAUUCUACAUGCGCAUCACCAACACCAUCUUCCUCCUCACCCAAAUAUAUUGUUAAAAUGAUAAAAGACCCAUUGUUCUGCUGCGAAGACACCCGAAUGACUUCAUGCAGUUCUUCAUCUAGCGCUCCUCCACACAACUCCGACUCCCUUCAUUCAUGUGAUUCCUUCCUCCUCCUCCCUCAAGAGGAGCAAGAGAGUGAUGGAGGCAUUCUCACAAGCAGGAGCCCACCAAAACUUGAGCCUUAUUAUUAUACGAGCCCCUGUAACCAUGAUGGAGUUGGAAAAGAGAGAUCACUGCACAAUGUCCCCAUUGAACAGUGCAGAGAAACUGACUUAAACAUGUUGUUGCUUCCACCACUGCUCUCUCCUGUUACUUCACCACAGUGGCACUCACGGACAAGCUUCCUGUUGCAAAGACCAUGCAGCUCCGACGAGGAGGAGGAGGAAGAGGGGGAGGAGGAGAUGAGCAAAGACACCAACAGACAAAAAAUGUUCCAAGGACAUCACAUGCCACAAAUUGUGAAUGGCAACAGUGAAAGCUGCAAGAAUGAUCUUGAACACGGUGUUGAAUUCAAGGGAGUAUCGUCACAUUUCAAAACUCUUACUGAUGAUACUCAAAGGGUACUUCAGUCUUCUCCCAGCAGUGAUGAAGAUGUAGAUGAUGGUAAUGAAGAGGAGAAUCAGAAUGAAACUGAUCACGAAGAUGAUGAGGCACAGGGUAGCAGUAAAUCAGAGCAAGUUCCCUCAGAUCCUAAAAUAAAGGAAAAGAUUACCUCAGGUGUUCUGACAGAAUCCCGCUCUUCUCCCAGCAGUGAAGAAGAUGAUGGCGGAGCCUUCAAUGGUGAGGGACAGCCACGUUCUGCUAGAGAAAAGGGAUCAAGUGUAUCUGAAAUAGCAGGCGGUGAAAGGCAUAAAACUAAAGCAGAGGCAGCUGGUGACACUCAGUCCUACAUUUUGGAUGAGUUCACAGCUUAUGAACAAGAUAUCCUACUUGUGAAUGUGAUCCAGGAUGACCCAGAGCUGUUUGACAAGCUGCCCCAGAAAAGUGUGCUGAAACUGGGUCCCACAAGGGUUAGUGAGGCCCCUAAAACCAGACCUACUGGAGUGGUGAAAAUGCUGUUGCCAAGGACAGAUGAAGCAUCAGUGAAGUCUGAACAAAGAUUGACGGCAAUAAAUAUAGAUUUUCACCGCAUCAGUCCUGACAUCAAAGAGGAGAGUGAAAGCCGGCCCUGGAGACCUCAGUGUAGCAGCACCCCUUUCAAAAUGCAAAGCAACUCGUGGCCCGCCACAGAGAAGCAAACCAAAACCAUGGGUCAAUGUGAUGCCAACAACAAUCAUGUAAAUGGAGGGCCACAAAGGAACCAGCCCAUCCAGACAGUGAACUCCACGCUUAAUCACAUCCCUCCAUUCAUGACUGUAAGAAAUGGGCCAUGGACCACAACCCCAACAAACAUGACAGAAUUUAGGCGCCAGAAAUCCAACACUUAUUGCAGGCAGUACUUCAGUGAAUCACUGUCCUGCGGGUUCAAGAUGUGUCGAUUCCAGCAUGUACCUGUAGAGGGAGAUGAGAAGUUCUGUGUUGACACUGUGACACGGUUCUCCAAAAAUCCAAUGUGCCUCCAGAAAGCAGGAGCUGUGUUUACAGGCUACUACCAGAGCAACCCACCAGGAGUGUAUUUCUCCAUGCCAGUGCUUCUGUCACUCCUCUGGGCUCUACUCAAAGCUGGCAUGGUGUCUGAUGUCUUCUCAGUCCUCAGCGUCAGCUUGGCCCACAAGAUAGUGCCUGGCCAUGAGUUCCUGCUAGCUCUUUUCAACUAUGUAAGAGAAAAGGGUCUGGUGGGCUGUGUACCUGAACUCAUGCAGCUCACAUUCAAGAUGGCCACUGCUGGGCUAGUGCUGAGUUUGGAUUGCUUUGACUGUGUAAAAAACACUCCUGAGUUCCAGCAGACAGUCCAUCCAAACUCACCUGUUUCAGUGUCUGGCAACCACAAGUUAUCAGUGUCCACCAGUGCACCCUUUCCAGAGUACCUGAAUUUGGCCCACGCCAUUGUGGAGAUAGAGCUUUGUACGAAGCAAGAGGACUGGAGGCGGAUGGGGGAGGUUUUCAAGUCCAUUUGUCAAUCCUGCCAACAUCCCAACCAAGUAGAGCACAUCAGCGGUCGAGUUGCAAUAGCGCUCCUGUCUGAGAGUAAAGACAAGCUGUCACUGCCCUUUGCUGCCUUGGCUGAGACAGUGUGUCAGAGUGAAGGUGAGGACAGCCUGAUCAGGAGUUUCUUAGGCAGAAUUGGAGUCUCGCUUAUGUUAAGAUACCACAAAACACACCAGUGGGCCAGGGGUCGGAAGGUGGUGGAGGUGCUGUCCUUGUCAAAGGUCAACUACUCGAUGCUGAAGGGUUUGUUUGGGAAUGAGGACGGCGCAUCACGCUGCUACCUGGUCACUGUGGCUACUGAGCUCUUCCUCCUGAGUGGCAGCGUGGAGGGAGCUCUGAACACACUCCGAGAAAACAAAUGGUUCCUGAGUUCGUGUUUGUGGCCAUGUGAGCCUGCUGAUCUGGAGAGUAGAAGUCGUGUGCUGAUGCGUCUGGCUGAGAAAACCUCUCACAGAGACACGCUGGAGGUCCUCCGUAAUCUCCCUGGAAUCAAAGAGCCAAAUGACCUGGUGGAUAUCUCCAGGUACAGUCCCCUGUUUAACUCUCACCUACAAGUGUGUAUGGACAGACAGAUACUUCCUGUAGCCUCAGACACAGUGGACUUCAUGCUCUUGAAAAACCUGGCAGUUGACCAGGCAGUGCUGCAGAUACUUUUACAUAAACUGGGGAAACAAAACUUGUGGCUCCGCGCAAGAGAAGUCUUCAGACACUCUCUGAGUGUGGGGUACUACGCAGGUGUAUCAGCUCCCCCUGGUUUCAUGGCACUGAUCGUCCCCUGUCGACUGGGGGAGGUUGAGCUGGCUCUCGCCUUUGAAAUGUUCAUCACUGUCAAUGCAACAGUCAUUGUGCACCUUACAGAGACCACGACUUCCUGCCUCAGCAUCACUCUGAAAAGGACUCAAAGCUGUGAGAGCGAGUACCUCUCUGCUGGUAGCCGCCUGCUCUCUGCAGCAUGUAUCCCUCAGCCCAAACUAAUUGUUCACUACACAGCAGUUAACUCCUCACAGGAGCAAGUGUUCACACUUGACAUUCCCUCUGCUCGACGCUGGCUCCGCCACAAUCAUUUGUGGGCCAAUGAGGUGUGGACGCACUAGACCAAACCGUUACUCCCCCCUAUAGUCACCCUGAAACUGUUCAUGUUCCAGAGACAUCAGUUGACUCUGGGAAAACAACCAAUGAAAUCAGGAAAACGAACGCAUGUGCAUUUCUGUUGGCUUGUACGUUUGUAACACUCAAUGGUGCUAUUUCAAUUUAGCUUUUGACUAAGAAGCAGAAAUCAGAAGAUCACCACCAAAGACUGACGCCAGAACUUUACACUGUUUGUUUUUUUACAAAUCUAAUAAUUUAUCUUUGUUCAGAUUUCUUUUAAAAUAUGUUAAAGGAGUUAUUUUGUUAAUUCCCUGUCGUUUCCAGAGGAGUUCUUUUAGCUCAUUUGUCUUUCAUUUAUGUCACUCAGUGUUUAUGUGAUUUACUAUUUUGAAAAAAUAAAGUCUGUGGGGGAAGUCCAGCAUAUAUUUGUAGGGUUGUUGUUGUUGUUACAAAUAUUAUAGAUUUUGUUUACUUAAUUGUAAAUAACAUCUGAGUGUAAAUAGGUAUAUAUUUAUAAUGGUGUUAAGUCUUUGACAGUAUUAUGUUACUGAAUUAUAUUAGUGAUUGUCAAAACCUCAACUGUUGCCAGUUCAAGAGCUGUGAAUUUACAUUUCCUUUGUAUGACGUUUUUAUAAAACCGCUGUUCUGCUCCAAAA